CCAGCUCGCCCAAUCCGUGCCUUCGUACCCAUAACCAUGGACGAAGCAAAGGAUGCGCUGCGGGAGACUUCAAACACAACAGCGCCAGGCGAGUCCGGUUCCACCUACCGAUUAAUGAAGUGGGCCUUCGACACGGCCCCCCACACCUUCGUCGACUUCUUCAAUGCGUGCAUGCGAUUCGGCACCCACCCUCGAGCUCUUAAGAGGGCAGUCAUUUCGGUAAUCGCAAAGCCCCGCAAAGUCGACAUGUCCAACCCGCGCUCUUACCGCCCCAUCGCGCUGCUCGAGUGCCUCAGCAAAUGGUUGGAGAAGAUCAAUGCGGCGCGAUUCAUGUUU